CAUUUGGGCUGGUUCUCUUUCCCUCUUGAUCUACCUCUCAGGGCUGUUGUGAGACCACGCUGGGGAGACAAGAGGUCGCUUCUGCCCUGCCUGGAUCUAAACGUCAAGAGACCGAUAACCAAGCAGCAAAGUAUCCCUGCUGUGGGGAAAUAUAUGUAACAUCAGAGAGAGAUUUGUUGUGUUUUUUUCUUCCUCCCACCAGUCAACUUCACUCUGCAGAUCGCUUGCUUUUGAAACUGCCCCAGCUCUCCCAUCCAGCCUGGAUGUGUUUUUCCUCCCCCUGAGGAAGUUAUGCUGACGUCGGCUUUUGGCUGGAUUUUUUUUUUCCAAGGGGCUAUAAAUUAGAAAACAGAGGGAGGCAGAGGGGAGAAAAGAGAGGCGGCAGAUCUUACCGGAGCCAGAAGGAGGAGGGAAAAAAGCUUUCCUUCUGAGGUAUUUUCUGCAGCAGCUUCAUCCUCCGAAGACUUUCCGCCGGGAGAAAAAUGAGACCUCUCCCUUUCUGCCUCUUUUGGCUCCUGGGCCUGGUGUCGUCCCAGAAGAUCCCCCGCCUGAAGCUGGUCCCAAAAGAUGCUCUGUGGUCUGCUUUUCCCGAGACGGAGAGUCCGAAAGCUGUGUUCUACGAUGUCGACUCCAGACAGGUGUUAAUCGGAGGCCGAGGGAUGCUGUGGGUCCUGACUUUUACAGACUCGGAGAUCACCCAACAGAACAUCACCCUGAAAGCUGAGGAGAAGGCAGAGAAAGACUGCCAAAGGAAAAAUGCAUCAAGAGAGGUUAACUGUGACAAUUUAAUCCGAGUGAUUGAGAAGUGGGAUAAGAAAAUCUUGGUCUGCGGGACCAACGCAGGUGCCCCGAAGUGUUGGUUUCUGAUCAACACCACAACUUGGGAAAAGAAAAACGAAGGCCAAGUUAUAACCCUCUUGGGAGAAAACAUUGUUCCUGCAUUGGACUCCCAAAAUGCCGUGGCUAUCGCAGUAGAAGGCAGCCUUUAUUCUGCAUUGUCUGGAAACAAAAGCAGUAUCCAUAGAAGCUAUGGAACGAAAAAGGGGAUUAAGACAGAAGACAGCUGGCUGGGCAAUGCAGAGUUUGUCGGGGCAGCUGCCCUUGCUGAGAAGAAUCCGAGCCUGGACGAAAUUUUCUUUUUCUACAACGAAGUCAAUCAGACGGCUGGGCUAGAUGAGGAGCCUUACAGAGCUCAGCUGGGACGUGUCUGCAAGGUGGACAUGGGUGGGAAGCCCAUCUUGACGGACUCCUGGAGCACGUUCCUCAAGGCCCGGCUGGUGUGUGGACACCCCCAUGAGCCUUUGCGUUUCCACCACCUCCGGGACGCCUUUGUUUUCACCAAGGAUGGGAAGGACAAGGCAGUGCUUUAUGGUGUCUUCUCCAGCACUUGGGGCUCUUCGGCUGUUUGCUCAUAUUCAAUGGACCGAAUUAGCUCCAUUUUUAAGACCUCAACCUUCAAGGGUGCCACUGGCUCCAUUCCUAUACCCAGACCUGGCACAUGUGUUUCACCAGAUUCCUACCAUGUCUUGCCCAGACAGACACUAACUUUCAUUAAGGACCACCCAGAAUUAGACACUGUCAUCUAUCCAGAUGAGGAGCAUCCCCUGUACAUCCUCCGAAAUAAUGAUACUUACACCCGUGUCGUGGUGGACAGGGUCCGGGAUGCCAGCAAUGAGUCAUAUGAUGUCCUCUUCCUUGGCACAGCGAAGGGGAAGAUCCACAAGGUGCUCCGGAGCAAAGAACAGACAGUGAUUAUUGCUGAGAUCAGCCCUUUCAAGGAACAAGAGCCUAUCUCCUCUAUGAUCCUGGACUCCUCCAGAGGUUACUUGUACGUGAGCACCAGGGCCGAGGUGACACGCCUUCCUCUGUUCGAUUGUGAGCAGUACAGCGAAAACUGUUGGAAAUGUGUCCUGGCUCGAGACCCGUAUUGCGGAUGGGAUGUGGAGGAAAGGAAGUGUUCUGCCAUCUCACAAAGCAAAAACUCCACAGCCAGCAGAUUGCUUCAGAGCCUGGAUUCUACCAACACCACCCAUGUUUGUGAAGCUGCUGAAGAAAAAUUAGUCCAGGAGGCCCUCAAGAAAGUGAGUGUGGAUCCCACUAGCUAUAUCUACUUGCCAUGUCCUCUACGGUCUCACCAUGCCAUCUACACAUGGGUAAAGGAUGACAAGACGUACCCCUGUUCCAUGGAUGAGCAAUCCUGCACUCUUCGCUUUGGGGAGAGCACACCAAUGGAUCAAGGUGUUUUCAGAUGCACGGCCAAAGAAGAAGGCUACCAGGAAGAGAUUACAGCUUUCAAAGUCACACUCAAUGGCGGAAAGAUCACAGAGGUCUCCUUGGUUGUGGUGGCAACAGGCAUCUUGUUCCUCACCAUAACUAUUCUCUUGCUAUAGAGCGGACGGGUGGAGAGGAACAGAUCUUAUCACACUGCCAACUCAAUGCUUUUGUUUUCAAAGAUUUGAUUCCAAAUAAGUGUGGUUGCAUUUACAAAAUCCUUUUACGUCUGCAUAUUGGACCAAUCACAGUUGGCUCAACAAAUCAGUUCCUUGUGUAGCACUCAUGUCUGGAAGUUCACUCAUCAACUGUCUUCUGCCCAGGUCUACCUUGAACAUAGAUCCUCCUUUUCACUUCCAAAAUGACUUCUCAAGGGAAGUCUACAAAGUUACAGCAGAAUCAAAGAAGCCUAAGGAUAACAAUUUCUUAUUUCAUCACAGGGGUGCUUUAGAGGAGUGAAGGAACAGCCUGCAGAAUUAUUCUAGGCAAAACCGAAGCUCAACCUAAUCCCCUGAAAGAAUUUUGUUUCCUAGUGACUCUCUCCAAUUCAGUUGACCCACAGUUUUGAAAAACAAAGUGUUUCCAAUUGUGAAAGAAAUUCGCUUCACACAUGAAAUGUUGAGUGUCUGUUUUGGACCCUGUUAAUGUAACAUCCCAAAGCUUCAUUGCAUGUGCUGUUUAGGGCAAACUCUUUACUGCUAGCAGGGACAAGGCUGAUAAUGGAACCUGACCAACUGUGAAGAAGUUGGGUUUCGCAGCAAAAUUGUUUUAGGUCCUGUGCUGUUUUCUUGGAGGAAAAUUUGGUCAAUUCUGCCUUAUUUCAUAAGCUAGCUGCCAAAAUGGCAGCCCACAUUCACCAGAAUGUAAGCCACCUUCUGUGAGUUCAACUCUUUGCUGUCCUAUGCUAGUGCCAAUUAAUCCAGAUUUUUCAUUCCAAACAGCUAAAUUGUCUCUGUGUGUAAAGACCCAGCCUGUAUAACAUUAUAGUCUAAAGAAGCAUGCAAUCAACACAUUUUAUUCUAAAGUGGGAGCAAGAUCCUCAGGAAGACCAACAAGAAAGGUUGCAAAAAAAAAAAAAC